GUCAAAGAAAGACAACAUGUGGCUAGCAAACAGGCAACAGCAGCCAAUUUCAAUCUCCUCCUGGCCCCUCUUCAGUCUUUAGGUUAAGUCUCAACCAGGAGAUGCGUUCCAGUGGUCCGCACCCACAAAAACGACACCAUCCCCAACCCCCUCAAGAUCCUCCUCCCACACGACACGUGUCACAUGCCACCAAAAACCGCAGCAGUAGCUAGAAAGCAUUUUGGCAUAUAAUUUGGGAUCCAAAAAUAAAAACAAAAACAAAAACAAAAUCAGUAGUAAUCUAAUCUUCUUCCCCACCACCAUUGGCAUCUCUGCUCCCGAUUCCCAGCAUCUCCACUUUUCUGAUCCCACUUCAUAAAUAAAUAAAUCCCCUCCACUCUCCUCUCCUCUCCCGCAAAAACUUCCUCGUAGCUUUCGCCAUUAAAUAAAAAGGAAAGAAGAACAAACAAACCCCACUCACUCACUCUGCCUUAGCUUCUUCUCUACCGCAGUAAGUAAUUAUUCGUUUUUCAGGUUCCAAUCAUGAACGCGGUGGAUUCAGCCCUGGACCCGCUGGUGUUCGACUACAUCAGCUGUUCGGUUUCCGACAUCGUCAACAACCUCUGGACCUGGGUCGCCGUCCUCACCGCCGCCGUCAGCUUCUGGAGGAUCAGAACCGCCGCCGCCGGGGAAGCCGCACCCAGCACUCCGCCCCGUAAUUCCUCCUCCAUCCUCCGUCUCACCCUCCACGUCCCCGCUCCUCCCUUUGUCCUUCAUCUCAAAACUAGCAGCGCGGCGGUGUCCGAUGAAGUUCAGACGGAGGCUCUGGUGAGCACCCCGAAGACGCCGGCUUCGAGUCCGAUUAUCUGCGACGACGACGACGUGGUCACCAAGGGAAAGUUCGUGGCGUAUUAUCGCCAAGAGGUAGAGGUAGAGGUAGAGGAGGAGGAGGAGCAGGUGGGCGGCGGCGAUAACGGCGGCGACGGGAAUGCGUGGUGGGAGACGGAGUUGAGGGUGAGGAUGGGAAGAGGGGAAUUGGGAUGGUACAAAUACCAGGACUUGACGGCGAUUAACGGCAACGUCGUUAGGUUGUGGGACGGCGGUAGGAGCGGAGACGGAGAGAGUUAUGAUGGCAGCAGCAAAUGCAAUCCACGCUGUUGUUUAGUUUGGUAGGAGGGGCGGGGCUCGUCGUUUUGGUGUCAUUUUAAUUUUUAAUUUAAUUUACCUCAAAUUGGAAAUAUGCCAAAAGCUAAAAGCUUUCUUGGUGAAGAAAUUGUAUAUAUAAUAAAAAUGAAAAUGUAAGUCAGUUGAAGAACAGAGCCGUCUGAAAGUAAGGAAUGGCGCUAUUUGCAAUUGUCUGAGUUUCAUUCUUCAUUUCUUCCUACUCCAUGUAACAAAUAUAUCGUACUUGGUGCAAUAGGGAUGUGGAAAAUCCUAACUCCCUUGGGGUUGGUUUGGAACCUUUCAUUAUCGAUCGAAAUUGUGUAUUACCAGAUUAUGUGUACUAAGAUUAUAUGUACGUUAAGAGCGUGCGUUUUCAAAAUUUAUUGUUUGGAAGUUGGAACCAUAAAAUAAUUAUACAUUAAAUGAGCCAUGAAUACUAAAUCUUACAACAAAGAUAAGAUUCACUAUACAUAAUUUUCUGUGAAUUAGAAAUGCAUCUUAUGUUCUCAACACAUAAAUUCUGUAAUUACAUCAAGUUAAAUAAAUUUGUAUUCUUAAGGAACCUUGUAUACCGAGAAUAUAAUGAUUAGAAUUGGAGGUUAAAAAAAGAGCUUACUUCUUUAUUUCUGACAUCUUGCUACACCACAAGACACAAGUCAUAACUUUGUAAGUACAUUCCGAUUAUCUGUAUCCGAUGGAUGCAUGAACAAUAAUACUACAACGACAAUGCACAAGAAUAAUGAAUUGUAGCAAAAGAGAGAAACUAAAGAUGUUUGUACAAUGAACCUCUAUAGUAUAAUUAAGUUUGUUCCAAUUGCAAUUUCCCACCCACUUAAUUAUGAUUUGCUUAUGAGAUCUUUCUUUACUUUAUUUCCAGAUACGAAAAGAAAAGUGUCCUUUGCUGGUAAGAAGUAGGAUUUUUAAUCAACCAAACUGUUCAUGAACAACUCGACAUUUGACUCAAGAAAAAAUUCUUAUGACAUUUGUUUCAUUUUUAGAGGAGCCGGCUCGUGAACAAGCUCGUUAAUUAAAGAGUCGAGCUCGAGCUAUGACAUGUUUAGUUCGAUAGGAUCGCGGACAAGCUCAAAAGACUUUCAAAUUUUAUUUUGAAUCAAGUUCGAGCUCGAAGUUGAACUACAAUCAAUAUUUUAUCAGCUGAACUCGAUUUUCCCUCGUCAACUUCUUUUGGCAAGCUGAGCUCUAAUCAAACUCGAGCUACUAUUUUUGUAAAUGAGCUGAACUCGAGCUUGUCUAUUAAAACUUGUGUUGAACUCAAGCCAAACUCGAUUUUAGGAUUAUUUUAACGAGUCAAGUGCAAAUUAUCACAAAACUCAGUCGAUUCGGAUCAUUACUAGACAUAGUCAGAAGCAAUUAACCAAUAUAAAAAUAUAUAUGUAUAUGGUAUUGGUACGAACAUAGUGUGUUUCCAACAACUUCACCUACUUCCGGCGGCCAUUAAUAUUAAUUUUGGGCUAAUUAAGCAAGCAGGCUGGCAGUAAGACUUGUUGCAGUACAGUACUGGAGUGCGGGACUAGUCAAUUGGAAUCCCUUCUUGAUAUUCGAAUCUACCAUAUGGACUUUUUUGGCGGACGAUAGAGUGAGAUAACUGGUUAUCCAAACUUUAUAACUAGGUUUUGUGGUUGUUUAUAAGGGAUUUUUUUUCAGAAAUAGCACCUUUAUAAAAAAAAUUAAAAAUAGCACCAAUCCGAAAAAAUUUACACUAAUAGC